AUGUCUUCAAUUGCUAUUUCUUCUUUAAAACUUUUAAAGCAGUCGCAUAUUUCAUUUUAUCGCAACUUUAAAACUACGAUUACUUAUUCUAAUAGAACUUGUUUUCGAUCAUUUUUUUCAAGUUCCAACGUUAACAAUAGCAACAAUGUCAAAACUAAAAAUACCGAAAUCACGGAAAAGCCGACGACGACCAGAACAGAGUCCCAAAAUAAAGAAGUGAUAGCUCGAGCAAAGCACGCAGAUUACGAAAAUACCGUUUUAGUGUACGCCAAUAAAUCUAGUUUUGGCACGAAUUUUAUAUGCGCGUUUAUAAACAUCUGCAACCCGUUUAUGAUUUGCUGUGGGGUUGACACACUGAGACGAGAGAACAAAUGGCUGACCGUUUUCGAGGACAGGAUGUUUAUUGACAACCCACAUUUAUACGCCAUCGUUACGACGGCUUUCCUCAUUACAGUGACCAUUUUCGUUAAUUUUUUCCGUCUAAGAAUGCUCUCCAAAAUUACUUAUGAUAUUAACAGGAAGACAUUUAUUGGCCAUAGACGGAAUUUUAUGCUAAUUAAACGAACGUUUGAGUUUCUGCCUGGGUCCGUUGUGUCAAAUUAUCCAACAGAGUCAGAGGAAGAAAGCAUGAAAGAUGUAAGCACAUGGAAAUAUCUGAUGGACGGCAACUAUAAGAUAAAUUCACAGCCAUAUAUUUUGUUGUUCAGUGACAUAAAGAACCACAUUUACUUUAAUGUUAUGACUGGUGUCAGCAAUAAAUAUUAA